AUGCCGGAGUUCAAGCUCCUAGCGGGCCAUUUCGCGGCCCUCAAGCAGACGAUCCAAGGAAUGCCACCCAACGCGACUCUGCAUAGUAUCAUGUUGAAACUCUCUCAGCAAUUUCCCUCGGGCAUCUUCUACAUCAAUCUGUGGCCCUUUAGUGGAACAUGGAUGAUUGUCGCGACAAUGACUGCGGCCUCGCAGAUCCAGAGUCUAAAUCUCACGAAACCCGCGAUUCUUCGCCGGCCGCUGGAGACCAUAACCGGCGGCCCUAGUCUAAUCAGUAUGCAUGGGGAGACGUGGAAACGGUGGCGUGCUUUAUUCAACCCGGGGUUUAACCCUGCAUACCUGAUCGGGCUGGCUCCCAACAUCGCGGACGAAGUCGCCGUGUUUCGUAACCAACUGAGGAAGAAAGCCCAGCAGGGUGACAUCUUCUCUCUAGAGCCCUUGACCCUGAGGUUGACGGUGGACACCAUCUGUUCAGUUGCGCUGGACGCCCGACUCUUCCACCAACAAAAAGACCACCCGCUGGCGGUAGCACUACAGCGACAAAUCGAGUGGGCUUCGUUCGGAACGACCUUCAAUCCUGUUAAGCGAUACCUAACGAUUCGUCCCCUGGUACUGUGGUACAACAGCCGGCUCAUGAACCGAUUGAUUGGGAAAGAAGUGGAUCGGGUACAUAAUGCGCGCCCUGGCUAUUCGUCCAAAUCUGUGAUCUCACUCGCCCUCAAGCAGUAUCUCAAAGAGCAGUCGAAUGGAGACACAAGGCAAUCCCUCGAAGCGUUCAAGCGGCAGGUUGCGCCGCAGCUACGUGUCUUCCUAUUUGCCGGUCGGGACACGACGAGCAGCACGCUGCUCUACACCUUCUAUCUCCUAGCGAAACACCCAGAGAUCCUAGAGCGGGUUCGUAGGGAGCACGAUGAGGUAUUUGGCACGGAUAUCAAGAAAGCGCAAAGCUGCAUCGCCGAGGAUCCCCAGUUGCUUAAUAAACUGCCCUAUACAUUAGCUGUGAUCAAGGAAACGCUUCGACUGUUUCCUCCCUCUGCCUCCAUGCGCGAGGGGCGACCCGAUGUUGAAAUCGUGGGCGAUGACGGCAGGCGCUAUCCUACUGCCGGCUGCAACGUGUGGACGCUGACGGUGGCUCUCCACCACAAUAGCAACCACUGGCCGGAAGUUGAAUCGUUCAUCCCGGAAAGAUGGCUGGUCGGACCUGAAGACCCCCUGUAUCCGGCCAAAGGGGCCUGGCGGGCCUUUGAAUUUGGACCGCAUAGCUGUAUUGGCCAGACGUUAGCAUUACUGGAAUUACGAAUUGCGCUGGCGAUGACCCUGCGAGAGUUCAACAUCACUCCCGCCUACGAUGAAUGGGACCGCCUUCAUCCUCGCGAUACAAUCAAGGAGGUGAAUGGACAUCGUGCCUAUCAGAUGGAGAAAGGAGGAGGAGGAGCUCAUCCUGCGGACGGACUUCCUUGUCGAGUGACACUGAGAACAACAUAACAUCGUAUAGAACAAUUGCAUAGAGCC